AUGUCGAUGUCAAAAUUGCUCGCCCUAUUCGCUGUCACUGCACCAGCUUUUGCUCUACCAGAUGCAACUCGCAUCCUAAAUGCCCGCGCUUCAACAUGUACCCCCAAAGCCGGAGGAUCUUCCUCUACCGACGACGUACCGGCAAUCGCGUCUGCGAUCGCGUCGUGCGGUAGCAGUGGGACCAUCGUCAUUCCUUCCGGCACAACAUACUACCUGAACAGCGUGCUUGACUUUGCCGGGUGCGCGGGUUGCGACUUUCAAGUCGAGGGACUUCUCAAAUUUAGUUCGGAUACAGAUUACUGGGAAGGACGCACGGCCAUGAUCAAUGUCAAGGGUAUUGACGGUAUCAAGAUCCGCUCGGUGACCGGGUCGGGGGUUAUUGAUGGCAAUGGGCAAAAUGCAUACGACCGUUUCGCCGCAGACAGUAGCUACGCCCGUCCAACACUCCUCUAUAUCACGGGUGGAUCAGACAUUACAGUUUCUGGUCUUCGACAGAAAAACCCCCCAAAUGUUUUCAACUCCGUAAAAGGAGACAGUGAUAAUGUCAUAUUCUCGAACUUGAAAAUGGACGCCACCUCCAAGAGCGACAACGCGGCCAAGAACACUGAUGGCUUCGACAUCGGAGCAAGUACGAAUGUCGCCAUUUCGAAUGUUAAUGUUUCCAAUGAUGACGACUGCGUCGCAUUCAAACCCGGUGCCAACGGAGUCACAGUUACCGACAUCACCUGCACCGGCAGUCAUGGACUCUCCGUCGGAUCUCUGGGCAAGAGCUCUAAUGAUGAGGUGAAGAACAUCUAUGUCUCGGGGGCGACUAUGAUCAAUUCUACAAAGGCUGUUGGCAUUAAGACGUACCCCUCUGGUGGGACCCAUGGACAGUCGACCGUGUCAAAUGUGACAUGGACAGAUGUGACAGUUGACGGAUGCGAUUAUGCAAUUCAGAUCCAGAGCUGUUAUGGCGAGGACGCGGAUUAUUGCGAUGAGAAUCCCGGCAAUGCGAAGUUAACAGACAUUGUCUUUGAUGGCUUUAGUGGGACUACGAGUGGGAAGUACGAUGAUGUGACGGGCAAUUUAAAUUGUGGAGCUAAUGGGACUUGUGGUGUGAAGGUUGGUUCUUAUACUGUCACUGCGCAGGAUGGGAAGAGCGAGGUGCUUUGCGCGAAUACGCCGAGCGGGUUGGGGGUAGCUUGUACUUCUGGGGCAUCGGGAUAG